AUGGCUGCAACCAUUGCAGUACGAAGCUUAUCAAAUUGUAGUCCUACACGCUUCGUCUUAACAACCUCCUCAAGACAAAUGCUUUCAACCUCACCAAACUCCGCCAGUCAUUCAUUAAAGCCAAUAUUCUCAACUCGAAACUUUUCCGAAGAACUAGCUCGCUUUCAGAUCGCACACUCCAAUAGCAUGGAAGACCACAUUGAUAUCCGCCUCCAUCCACAGGAUCAGCAACUUCCGACGAUCGGAGGGCAACCCUCAACAAACGAGCGUCGAGGCAAGGAUACUCCAGCCAUUGAAGACCGUUCGCAUGUCUCGCAAGAUAACGAAAUGUUCCUUUCCACAUCGAAGAAUUUGAUUGAGCACCAGGAUGCAAGCGGUUUGGAAGUGGCUUCGUACGGGGAUUUGGCUGCCACAAAUAAAUCUCAUCUGUCUCCAGAAACUCUCAUCACCCGCUUUGAAAGUUGCAGCUGUGGAACCGUACCAAUAGACCCGCCAACACUUCUCGCCGAUCUAAAGUCUUUAGAAUCGCUCGCCAAUUCCAGGAAGCUAAGUUCAGUUUCACGGACGGUCUUGCAAUUAUGGAGAAGAUGGCAUAGUUUUCUACUCAAUCCUAAACGAAAGGCGAUUAAGCGGACCACGUUUCAUCAAAUUUCCCGCGCCUUUCUCUUUCUAUGUCACCAUCGGCUAUCCGAAUUACUUUGCGAUAUACGAGUACAAGAGCGAUCGGGCAUUCAUUUUGAGCCUCGGACAUUCAGGUCAUUGGGUGAUGCUAGCUUGAAGGCCAAAAAUUGGCCUGUUCUUUGUUGGGUAUUGAGUCACCGGAAGCUUUCGAAAGAAGAUGUGAUCAUCUUGGUCAAAGCCGCUUGUCGCAAAAUUGCAUUCUCAUCUUCAGAGGAAAAUCAAUCAUUACGAGUACAAAAUGUUCAAAAGCUCUCGAAGCUGGUUGAGCAUCGAAUGCAACACGAUGUCGAAUUUGUACAGUUGGGUGGAUCAGCGAUCCAAUACAUCAGUUGCACUCUUUUCAAAAUGCGAUGUAUAGAUCAAGUGGUUCCCAUGAUCUUAGACAUCUUAUACAACCAUCCAGCUCUAGCAGAAACCCUAUCUCCUUCCUUUCUGCACAAAGUCAUGCACACCUACAUUGAUGCCUAUAAUCUGUAUUUAUCAUUAAGAUCUCGUUUGGGUCAUGUCGAGGGAGUCUCAAAUAUAAUUAAAAGACUGAUUAGAAGAGGACCCGUUCCAAAUCAACACACAUACGACAUUCUUCUCUAUUCAGUCGGCCAGAGAGAAAAUGUUGAAUGUGUCUGGAAUACGCUUCGACAACAUUUACCCCCCAAGUAUACCCCAACCUCCCGAACCUCAAAUAUCUUAUUGAGUUCCAAAACUCGCUGCGCUCUUCAAUGGGGCACGACUACAUCCCCAGAUUCACUAAUGGUCGACGAAUUGAAUUUUGUCAAGUUGAUGAAGCAAAUUGAAGACGCUACUUAUGAACGCGACGAAGUGACCAGGAACAUAGUCGUACAAAAAUUUCUCUCGCGCUCACAAUCACAUAAUCCCGAACAAAUAUGGGCCCUCAAAGAGCUCGUCCUACCCAGUAAUCCAAUUGACGAAGAAGACAAGCGCCUUACCCGUACCGACUUUAGACGGUUCAGAAGACCAUUAUAUUCUAUGCUACGGUCUGCUUUCAUUCGGGCUGGGCAAACGGAAGACGCGGCUCGUCUGACCGAGGAAUGGGAGCGCGAGAGUCGAUUGGCAAGAUCACGUGGCCCUUCAAAUAUCACAAAUACACAAUGA